AUGUCAGUGAUUAGAAACAGAUCCAGCUCUUUUGAAAGACAAAGCUCGGAUAGUUCCGAUAGGGGAUCUACCCGUGAAUAUGGCAAUGGUGAUGAAGUUACUGGUAAUGAUUACGAAGAGAUUGCUCGGAUUGUGACAGAUUCUCAUAGUCAAGAGGAAGGUGGUGUACUUCAUAAAUUGGAAACAUUAUCUAAGCAGUUAUCCAGAAGAACUGCAAAGGACGGCCCUUUUGAAAUUGAUCCAAAUGAUUUUGAUCUGAAAAGAGUUUUAGGUGCAUUUUUUAAGUCUGCAGAUGAACAAGGUAUCCAUUUAAGGUCAACUGGUGUUGUUUUAAAAGACGUUACUACAAUAGGUGUUGAUGCUGCUUCAAGUUUUGCACCAACUGUUGGAGAUUUGGCCUUAUUUCCAAUAACUAUGUUUCAAAAAUUGAAAGCUUUAAGACAUAGGAAAACAAGGAAACUGAUCAGAAAUGUCAAUGGUGUCGUUGAGCCUGGUGAAAUGUGCUUAGUUUUAGGUAGACCAGGUGCUGGUUGUUCCACCCUUUUAAGAACAAUUGCAGGUGAACAUGAUCAGUUCAUUGGUGUUGAUGGUGAAGUUCAUUAUGACCAUAUCUCACAACAUGAGAUGAUGAAGAAAUAUAAGAGUGACGUUAUAUACAAUGGUGAAUUAGAUAUCCAUUAUCCCCACUUGACUGUUGAUGAAACUUUCAGAUUUGCCAUAGCAUGCAAGACUCCCCAUACUAGAAUAAACGAUGCUUCUAGAGAGCAAUAUGUUACUGCUGUUAGGGACUUGUUGGCAACUGUUUUUGGGUUAAGACAUACCUACAACACUAAAGUUGGUAAUGAGUUUGUUAGAGGUGUAUCUGGUGGUGAACGUAAAAGGGUUUCAAUUGCCGAAGCUUUAGCUACAAAAGCUACUGUUUAUUGUUGGGAUAACGCUACAAGAGGGUUAGAUGCUUCAACUGCCUUAGAAUAUGCUCAAGCUAUUAGAACUUCAACAAAUCUUUCCAAAUCAGUUGCAUUCAUUACUAUUUACCAAGCUGGUGAAAACAUUUAUGAAACUUUUGAUAAGGUUACUAUUCUAUAUGAUGGUCGUCAAGUUUACUUUGGUCCAGCUGAUCAAGCUAAAGACUAUUUUGAGCGUAUGGGGUUUCAAUGCCCACCUCGUCAAGCAACUGCUGAAUUUUUAACUGCAAUUACUGAUCCAUUGGGAAGAUACCCAAAGCCAGGAUUUGAAAAGAAAGUUCCAGAAAGUGCUGAUGAUUUUGAAAGGUAUUGGCACAAUUCACCUGAAUAUAAGAAAAUGAUUAAUCAGAUCAAUGAUUAUGAACAAAAGACUGAUGCUGCUAAAACCAGAGAAAUCUAUGAUAAAUCACUAUCACAAGAAAAACCAAGAGCUCAUUACCGCUACACCAUCAACUACUUCCAACAAUUGAGAUUAUUGACAAAAAGAGGGUUUCAACGUAUUUAUGGUGAUAAGGCUUAUACCAUUACCCAAACAGUUGCUGCAACUAUCCAGGCUUUGAUUUGUGGGUCAUUAUACUAUAAUACUCCAUCAUCCACCAAAGGUUCUUUUUCAAGAUCAGGGACAUUGUAUUUCUUGAUUUUAUAUUUUUCAUUGAUGGGGUUAGCUGAGAUUUCAGGCCAAUUUACUGAACGUCCAAUAUUGCUUAAACAGAAAUCAUACUCUUUUUAUCAUCCAUCUGCUGAGACUAUUGCAGCUACAAUGACAAAAUUUCCUUUUAAAUUUUUAUCAAUCACCAUAUUAUACCUUAUAACUUAUUUUUUAUCAAAUUUGACUCGUGAUGCAGGGAAAUUCUUCUUGACUUUCUUAUUCAUGGUGUUAUCUUCUGAGACUAUUACAGCUUUAUUUCAAAUGGUUGCUGCACUGUCUCAAAAUGUUGCAGGUGCCAAUGCUGUUGCAGGUGUGUUAAUGUUGGCCAUUUCUUUGUAUUCGUGUUAUGUGAUCCAAUUGAAAUCUAUGCAUCCUUGGUUUAAAUGGAUUUCCUAUAUCAAUCCAAUCAGAUAUGGGUUUGAAAACAUGUUGGCUGAUGAAUUCCAUGGUCGUAAGAUGGAUUGUGGUGGUACUUUAGUCCCUAGCGGUGAUGGUUAUGAAAACGUUGAUAGUGCCAAUCAAGUUUGUGCAUUCACAGGAUCUGAAACUGGUCAGAGCUGGGUUUCUGGUGAUAGAUAUCUUGAGAUACAAUUCAAUUUCAAGUAUUCCAAUCUAUGGAGAAAUUUCGGUAUAGUUAUUGCAUUCUUUGUUGUGUUUUUGGCCAUUAAUGCUAUUUCAACAGAAUUUAAAAGACCAGUCAAAGGUGGUGGAGAUCACCUAUAUUUCAAACGUGGUGGGAAAUCAUCAGAUAAGAUUCUUAUGCAACAUGGAUCUAAAAAUUCAGAUAUUGAAACCGGUGUAACAAAUUCACAAGAUAAUGAUUUGAAAUCAAGUAAUUCAUCAGAUGAAUUGGAUGUUUUUGAAGGAUUAGGUUCAAAAUCUAUAUUCGCCUGGAAGAAUGUUGAUUACGUGAUUCCAUAUAAAGGUAGCACAAGAAAGUUAUUGGAUAAUGUUCAAGGUUAUGUCAAACCAGGCACUUUAACUGCCUUAAUGGGUGAAUCUGGUGCUGGUAAGACUACAUUGUUGAACACUUUGGCACAACGUAAUGAUAUUGGUACAGUCACAGGAUCAAUAUUAGUGGAUGGUAAACCAUUAGAUACUUCUUUCAAAAGAUCCACUGGCUAUGUCCAACAACAAGAUUUACAUAUUGCUGAAAUGACUGUGAGAGAAUCUUUACAAUUUGCAGCUCGUUUACGUCGUCCAAAAUCUGUUCCGGAUUCUGAAAAAUUAGAAUAUGUUGAAAAAAUCAUCAAAAUCUUGCGUAUGGAGACGUAUUCUGAAGCUAUUAUUGGUACUUUAGGUAGUGGAUUAAAUGUUGAACAGCGUAAGAAGUUAUCCAUUGGUGUUGAAUUAGUUGCUAAACCAUCAUUAUUGUUGUUUUUAGAUGAGCCAACUUCUGGUUUAGAUUCUCAAAGUGCUUGGGCUAUUGUCCACUUGUUAAGAAGACUAGCACAAGCUGGUCAAUCAAUCUUGUGUACCAUUCAUCAACCUUCAGCUACAUUAUUUGAAGCAUUUGAUAGGCUAUUGUUACUUGAAAAAGGUGGAAAGACUGUAUAUUUUGGUGAUAUUGGUCAUAAUUCUAGGGUGUUAUUAGAUUAUUUUGAAAGAAAUGGGGCAAGACCUUGUGAAAAUAAUGAAAAUCCAGCUGAAUAUAUCUUGGAAUCAAUUGGUGCUGGUGCCACUGCACAAGUUGAAGAGGAUUGGUAUGAUAAAUGGUGUAAAUCUAAAGAAUUUGAAAAAACAACUAAGGAAAUUCAAGCAUUGAUGCAAGAAGGUAGGGAUCUUCCAGAGAAUGAUGGGGCUGAGAAAAGUGAAUUACACAAGACUUAUGCCUUACCAUAUUGGGAUCAACUUUAUUAUGUUGUGAAAAGAAAUGGUACACAAUUUUAUAGAGAUCCUCAAUAUAUUGGAUCCAAGUUUUUUCUUUUGAUUAUCGGUGGAUUAUUUGUUGGUUUUACAUUUUGGAGUUUGAAUGAUACAAUUAUUGGUAUGCAAAAUGGUAUGUUUGCAGUUUUUUUAGCCAUUAUUAUAUCUGCACCAGCAACAAAUCAAAUCCAAGAAAGAGCUGUUGCAUCAAGAGAAUUAUUCGAAGUUAGAGAAUCCAAAUCGAAUACUUUCCAUUGGUCAACUUUGUUGAUUGCACAGUUUGUUAAUGAGAUUCCAUAUCAUUUAGUUUCUGGUGCUAUGUUUUUCUGCUGUUUGUAUUUCCCAUUAAGGAUUGAUAAUGAAGCAAGCAGAUCAGCUGUUUGGUAUUUAAACUAUUCCAUAAUUUAUCAAUUUUAUUAUAUUUCAUUGGGGUUAUUUAUUGUUUACAUGUCACCAGAUUUAGCCUCAUCAAAUGUUAUCACUGGGUUGUUUCUUGCAUUUAUGAUUUCAUUUUGUGGUGUUACACAACCGAUGUCAUUAAUGCCAGGGUUUUGGCACUUUAUGUGGAAAGUUUCACCAUUAACUUAUGUGAUUCAAACUUUAAUGGCAUUAGUCUUACAUGAUAAACCUGUUAUUUGUGCUAAAGAUGAAUAUAGUUAUUUUGAACCACCUUCAGGUAUGACAUGUCAAGAGUUUGCAGGUGCAUAUGUUGAGAGGGAACAUGGUUAUUUGUUGAAUGGUAAUGGUACUUCUAAUUGUGCUUAUUGUAAAUAUAGUGUUGGUGAUGAUUAUUUGAAAAGUGUUAGUGUUAGUUAUAGUUAUGUUUGGAGAAAUUUUGGGUUUAUGUGGGUUUAUAUUAUUUUUAAUAUUUGUGCAAUGUGUGUUUUAUACUACAUAUUCCGUGUUAUUAAUAUCAAUCCAGUUGAUUCUAUAAAGAAAAAAAUUGAAUCUCAAAAACUGAAAAGAGAGAAGAAGAAGUUGAAAAGUUCUGAAGAGUGA